UACAUGGAGUAAACAAGAAUGACAUUAGAUUCCAAUAUAAUGUCAGUGGUAUGAAAUUUCUGAAGAAGUGCUUAAUCUUGUUUCAAAGUUCUAGGUUAUGAUUAAAAUAUGUUAAGUGGUGUAAAACACAUAUUUUUAGUCCUUUCAGGUAAAGGAGGUGUAGGAAAAUCUACCGUCAGCACUCAACUUGCUUUAACUCUUAAAGAGCAAGGUUAUAAGGUAGGUAUUCUGGAUAUAGAUUUAUGCGGCCCAAGUGUUCCUUUUUUGUUAAAUAUCGAAGAUGCAGAGGUAUGUCAGUGUCCUGAAGGCUGGUUACCAGUGUAUACGGAUGAAAAUAAAAAUCUUGCAGUAAUGUCCAUAGCAUUUCUGCUAAAAUCUAGAAAUGAUUCCAUAGUAUGGCGAGGACCAAAGAAAACUAGCAUGAUUCGUCAAUUUAUAAAUGAUGUAUAUUGGAAUGAAAUUGACUAUUUAAUAAUUGAUACCCCACCAGGAACUUCUGAUGAGCAUAUUACAGUUAUGGAGUGCUUAAAAGAGGUAGAUUUUGAUGGGGCAGUCAUUGUAACUUCACCUCAAGAAAUUUCAUUAGAAGAUGUCAGAAAAGAAAUAACAUUUUGCAAGAAAACUGGCAUUAAGAUAUUAGGAGUCAUAGAAAAUUUGAGCGGUUAUGAAUGCCCAAAUUGCAGUGAAUGCACAAAUAUAUUCAGCUCAGGUGGAGGUGCAGCUCUCGCUGAAUUAGCAUCAGUUCCUUUUUUGGGCACCUUGCCUAUUGAGCCAAGAUUAUCUUUUGAAGAAAAUAGAGGAAAAUCUGUACUUUCAUGUUUGCCCGAUUCUACAUCGUGUAAAGCAUUUUCAAGUAUAGUACAGAAACUUACCAAUUAA